AUGGGAAACGGUAAUAGUACAUUAAGAUUAGGAAAUGAAAAGUUAGUGAUUAAGAAAGUACUUUCUACAGGAAGGAAUUCAACUAUUUACUUGACAGAACAAAGUUCAUCAUCUACUCUUCCUCAUAAUUUAGUCUGUAAAAGAUUUGAACUUUCUACAUCUGAAAUGAUAGGCAAAGUUACUGAUGAAAUUUCAUUAUUAUCUCAUUGUACUAGAACUCCAAAUAUCAUUCAAUACUAUGGGUAUACUCAAUUAAGUGAUUCUAUGCUUUUAUUUUCUGAGUACUGUCCUUAUACUAUAGAUGAUGCUUUUUCUUUACCAAUACCAGAAGAAACAAUUAUUGAAGUAUUUCAUGGAAUUGCAAGUGCACUUGCUUUUCUUCACAGUCAGAAACCAUCUAUUACAUAUUUUAAUCUUAGAAAAGAACACGUUUUAUUAUCAGAUGAUUAUACUGUAAAAUUAUGUGAUUUUGGAAGUGCUCAAUUAUCAGAGACAUUUUAUUACAGAAAGCCAAACGAUCAUCAAACAAUCAAAGAGUUUAUUAACAAUAAUGUUAAACCAGAAUAUCAAUCUCCAGAAAUGAUAUUACUAUAUGAAAACCAACCAAUUAGUAGAAAAAGUGAUAUCUGGGCACUUGGGUGUUUAUUAUUUGAGAUUGCAAUUGGAGCUCCACCAUUCUCUGCACCCCUUUGCAUUUCUGAUGUAAAACAGUUGGAUUUAACUGACUAUCAAAUGUCAAAACGAAUGAAGUUUUUACUUAAAGAAAUGCUUGUUUUUGAUCAAAAUAAACGACCUAAUAUAUAUACUAUUCUAGAACAUUUUAGUCAGGUUGUUGAGUUUAAUAACCCAUAUAAAUCAUUUAUGAAAGAAACUGAUGAUGAUAUGGGCUCAAUUCAAUCAUUAGGAACUAAAACCCCUUCUUCAUUGUCACAAUAUUCUAAACAAUCUUUAUUUUGGCAACUUCUUGAUAAAAAACAAAUUGAUUGCUCUGUUGAAAAGAGUGCACUUGAUACUUUUAAUGAAUUAUAG